AUGGAGUACUCCGCUGAUCAAGAACGAGAGAUGCAAGAGCAUCACCACCGAGGCCACCGGAGGAGCGCCGGAACUGGAGCACCUGAUGGUUCUCCCUCCUCCGCGACGUGCAAUCCGAUCAGGACUGCUUGCGGCAUGGUCCGAUCCCUGAUGCCGUCCUUCUUCAGCCGCGGCCCGCCGCUUCCGCUUCCGCUUCCGCCGUUGCCGCCGGCGAGGGUGCACCAAGUCUGGCCUGGAAGAAACGUGUUUUUCUUGGAUGGGCGCGUGAUCUGCGGCCCCGACCCGCGGGGCCUGAUCCUGUCAAGCAUGGCACUUCUCCUUUCAGAAUGGAUUUUCUUGGCCCGUGUCAUCGAUUCGUCGUCCCCGCACCGGAUCCUCAUCCCUGCGUCCUCCUCCCUCAUCCUAUUGGCAGCUGUCAGUACAUAUGAACACAACCUCGUCGAACAGUUCACGAAUGCGACUGCUAGUUUGCUGCUUGCUGCGACAAGCGACCCCGGAAUCAUACCAAGAAACCAGGCAUCACCGUCGUCUGAAGAAGAUGGAGCAAGUGCUGCCAGGUUCGUCGCCGUCAAUGGUGUCGUCAGGUUGAAGUUCUGCGAGACCUGCAAGAUCCACCGCCCUCCAAGAAGCUCCCACUGCGCCGUCUGCGACAACUGCGUCGAUAAAUUCGAUCACCACUGCCCCUGGAUAAGCCAGUGCAUAGGACUGAGAAACUACAGGUUCUACAUGCUGUUGCUGUGCUCGGCGUUGGCGUUCUACACGUUCAUGUUCGCGUUCACACUUCAUGACAAUCUGUGCCCUUGGGUGCCUUCUAGCCUUCCAUGCAUUCCUCGUAGCCAAGAACACGCUGAACAAACGAUUAUUGCUCAUAUAUAUGGUUCAAUGGUGAUCCAUUUAGAGAAGUAA